AUGAAGUCUCCGCUCACGUCAUUACCUGGGGACGUUCUUCUGGAGAUUGCGAAGUUCCUACCAUGUCUAGCAGACGUGCUUCACGUGUGUCUGACGUCCUCCGUUAUAUACAAUCAAGUUAUGCAAGUCCUCUAUGAGUCGGUAGACUUGUGCUCCGCAGAUCAGUGCUCCCGAACCUUGAGCAUGCUGCAGCGCAGACCAGAGGUGGCCCGUCACUUGCGAAAGCUGGUCGUACGUCCAGACGAAGAUCCUAGGCGGAGGAGGAGGAGGUACUCGCCGGUCGAUGGAUACCUUGUCUCAGCUUCUGUCAGGCAAGCCGCGCCUCGACUGGAUGCCUUGCAUACGUUCAUCUGGGAUGGCGAGGACCUUCCGCCGUACGACGAUAUGUGGUUCGCUCUCCGGAUAUCAUGUCCACAGUUGCGAACGAUCGGGACUAGCAUGGGUCCAGUAACACCUAACCCCCGGAGCCAUUUGUUCGACUUCAGUAACUUGGCUGGCUUCUCCCUUACGCUGCGUUCCGGGUUUUACAGCCAGUUCGACCUGCUAUGUAUUAACAUUUAUGAAGAUGAUCUGCCCCCCUUCCAACCACUAUGGGACAUGCUAAUCAAACGAUGCCCAAACCUUGAAGUGCUCACUGUUGAUGGCGUUUCUGCACGCCCUGCAGAUGCUCGUAUCCUAUACAGCGCACGCUGGCCGAAAUUGCGCACACUAGUCGUAGGACCGAUUCUGAUUCAGCACGAAGCGCACAACUUCAACAUCACGCAAGAGAAACCACCUUUUGCUAGGUUCCUCGAAGAACACAAGGACCUGCGGUCGCUGCAUCUCACGAGCCACCACGCAGGUUUGAGCGCAGCCGACCUCCACGCGCUGGAUAUGGAAGCCUUGCCGCACUUAACGGAGUUCUGCGGUAGCUUGUCCCAGUUGCAGGCUUUGCCGCACUCCGUUGCGCGCUCCAUCAAAUCAGCACGGUUCCCAGAGCCGAUGUUAUUACGAGAAGUCACGCCUCCAUUGACGGUUUCCAUGGUCCUGCAUAAUAUGUCGUCAUUGACGAACCUGAGUAUCAACUUUGUCCUGCAAUCAGGAUACUACGACAAUAUCGGCGUGCUCAAGUCCAUCGUCUCAAGCUGUCCGCUGCUGAUCAACCUAGAGAUCACGUGUAGUUCUCAGCCGGCAUUCUAUCUUGAUGCAUUCUCGAGAGCCAUACGUUCCCUGUCCAAGCUCCGCACCCUAUCACUCACGAUGGUCAAAGUCCCUGGCGACGAGCCCAUGACUAAGGGUGCUGCGCGUAUCGCCCUUUCGAACCCCCGGCUCAAGAAAUUCACCGUCUCCUACAUCUCCCGAUAUGCGUCUUUCCCCCGCCACUUCCACCACAUCUAUAGCCAGCCCAUGCACUCCGAUGCCUACGAGACCGGCACGUACGAGGUCAUAUGUGACCAGCACGGGUUGCCGAUCAAGCUCUCCGUGUAUGAGAGACAUUCGCAGACGCUGGUGUGGUGGCACUGGGUGAGCCGGCGUCGAUAUGUCUACGACUUGAGGCCGCCGGGACAUCCGGAUGCGGAGAGGAAGGGGCUGGUGCAGCUGUUGAUGGAGAAGGGGAACGCGGGGGAGGAGACGAGGCUCCUGUUUUUCUGCUGCAUGUUGGUGGCGCUGGCCCUUUUGGCUACGAUACGAGCGUGA